AAGCUGCGACGUCAAUAUAUUUCAUAUAAUGCAAUAAUCAAAGCAACCAUUUUGGCGACCUCGUCAAUAGUGGAGUAUAAUCCAGUUUCUAAGCUAAAGUGGAAAUACUCACACAAUAUUAUGAAACAUGGGUCAUACAUGACAAUUGAUAUGUAAAAUGAUUCAUCCAUGAAAUCUGUAGUUUUUCCUAAACUGUUUAACACCUUUUCGUAUAAAACCUUCAAAGUUAGUAACAUCUUAAAAUGAAACGAACAAGCAAUCGGUUCGAAAUUGAUGAGAACGAGCAUCUUAAGAAGUAUGGUUACACUAUUCUGUCAACGCUAGAUGAAGGGUCAUUUGCAAAAGUCAAAGAAGGUUACGACGAAAACAAUAAAAGGAAAGCGGCAAUUAAGAUUAUAGAUGAAAGAGUUGUCAGGAAAAAUUUCAAGGUGAAAUUUCUUCCCAGAGAAUUGGCCAUAUUUCCUUUGCUAGAUCAUCCUAAUAUCAUUAAGCUAUUUCAUGAAAUUCGUGUGGGCCAUAAAAUUUAUGUAGUAAUGGAAUUUGCAGGACAUGGUAACUUGCUCGACUAUGUCGAACUUCAUGGUGGACUUUUAGAACCGAAAGCCAAAUCAUUUUUCUCCUCGAUUUUAAGCGCUAUAUCAUAUAUGCACAGUAAACAAAUUGUGCAUAGAGAUAUAAAAUGUGAAAAUAUUCUACUGAACAGAGAGAAUGAAGUUAAGGUCAGUGACUUUGGUUUUGCUCGUGAAAUUAAAGAGGGACAACUAAGUUCUACAUUUUGUGGCAGUAUGGCCUAUUCAUGUCCAGAGAUCUUGCAGAAGAAGCCCUACUAUCCUAUGUCAGCUGACGCUUGGGCACUUGGUAUUGUUCUGUUCAAAAUGGUAUUUAAUAGAUUCCCGUACAAAUCGCACGAUAUGAAUAACAUAAUUAAAAUGCAAACAGAAAAGAAGUUUACUUUUCCUAAAGUUGUUUCCUAUUCGCUUCAAGAUAUGAUCAACAACAUUUUAGAACCGCAGCUAGAUAAGAGGUUUGGUGUACAAGAAAUUAUUGGUCAUACAUGGAUAAAAUACGUAUAUGCAGAAGAAAAUAGUCAUAAAACGGAAGCUGUAGACAAACCUGCCAACACUGAAACUGUCGCUGCUGCAGAAUGACCUGAAAUCCAUGCCUCUCAUAUAUAUGUAUAUAGGUAUCAAUUCUCUGAAGCUUUCGAGGUUAUGAUAUCAAAUAUAUAUUGAAACAUGAUUCUUAAUCUCAUCAAUAUAAUUAUGACAGUAAUCAUAAUCUCGUAAUCUGCUUAUUGAGAAUAGCGGACGAAUAAUAUAUUUUAUGGAUUUAUUUAUUUACCUAUCUAUUUCUAUUUAACAAUAUAUAUUGAUGAAACUUUUAUCUAAUUGAACGAUCGUAAUUUAAGUGAAUAUGCAUUUACAAUAAAAUCUAUAAAGAUUUAA